AUGGCGGUCAAAUACAAACUCCCACCUAUCGACGAUAUUCUCACCCUUUCGUCACCGGAGCAAGCGGCCAUUUUGGACUCACUCUUCGAGCCAUCUCCCCUUCUACAUGAACUUUGUUUGCCAUCACUUGGACGGUACAAGUUUUCCAAUUAUGAUGAGUUGAUAGCGUUUGUGGGGCGCCUCCUUAAUGAUCUCUUUGAGUCUGGAAAGACUACGCAGCUUGACGAGGUGCUCGUUAGCCAUCCUCGUCUAGGUGCGACGAGUGUGCAAAGUUCGCAAAGCCAGGGAGAACAGAGCCAGCUGCAAUCCUCUGACAGUAGAGAGAGUGAGAAGCUGACACAGAUGAACGCAAUCUAUGAACAUAACUUUCCUGGCCUUCGCUACGUCACGUUUGUGGAUGGUCGACAACGCGGUGCUCUAUUGGAAGACAUGCAACGACGCGUUGACCGUUUUGACAUCAAUGCCGAAAGAUCUGAUGCGCUCAGAGCAAUAUGUGACAUUGCAUCGGAUCGUGCUCGUAAGUUGAGCAACUGA